UGGGAUACCUUUGCUAUAUUGGAAGAGGACAUUCAGUGUUUUCCCAAAGACUUGUUAACGUUGAUUUCCUCCCGUUAGUUCCCAUUAAAUGUGCGAGGGCCCGGGAGUUGUUCUGCACGGUCCGGACCACAAUUGCCGACCUCAAAACCAAAUUUCCUAUGGAGCAGUACUACAGGUUCCAUGAGCACUGGCGGUUUGUCCUGCAGCGUUUGGUCUUCCUGGCGACCUUCGUCGUCUACCUGGAGACGGAGGCUCUUGUGAUCCGGGAGGAAGUGGCUAAGAUCCUCGGCAUUGAGGUGGUGCGAGAGAAAGGCUUCCACCUGGACGUGGAGGACUACCUGGCAGGAGUGCUGAUCAUGGCCAGUGAACUGGUGAGUGUGAUGUUGAUCUCUAAU